CUACCCCUCACCACCAUGAUGGACAUGAGUGAACUUGGCGAAUCAGCCUGCUACCUCCGCCAGAGCUACCAGGAAUUGAUGAAGGUGAACACUGCCUCAUGGGAUGGCAAGAAACGAGUGUGGGUGCCUGAUGAACAGGACGCCUAUGUGGAAGCCGAGGUCAAGACUGAGGCUACUGGAGGCAGAGUCACUGUGGAGACCAAAGACCAGAAGGUGCUGACAGUGCGCGAAACGGAGAUCCAAUCCAUGAACCCACCUCGCUUUGACUUACUGGAGGACAUGGCUAUGAUGACGCACCUCAAUGAGGCUGCGGUGCUGCACAACUUGCGCCAGCGUUAUGCUCGCUGGAUGAUCUAUACAUACUCGGGCCUCUUCUGUGUCACCAUAAACCCGUACAAAUGGCUUCCGGUCUACACCGCUUCUGUGGUGGCUGCCUACAAGGGCAGGCGCCGCUCGGAGGCCCCACCUCAUAUAUAUGCAGUGGCAGAUAACGCCUACAACGACAUGCUCCGCAACCGAGAGAACCAGUCCAUGCUGAUCACCGGAGAGUCGGGGGCCGGUAAGACGGUUAACACCAAGCGGGUCAUUCAGUACUUUGCCAUCGUCGCUGCCCUGGGAGACGGGCCGGGCAAGAAGGCACAAUUUCUGGCAACAAAGACUGGGGGCACCCUUGAAGAUCAAAUCAUUGAGGCUAACCCUGCCAUGGAGGCCUUUGGCAACGCCAAGACUCUGAGGAAUGACAACUCCUCCCGCUUUGGGAAGUUCAUCCGCAUCCACUUUGGUCCCUCUGGGAAGCUGGCCUCUGCGGACAUUGACAGCUACCUCUUGGAAAAGUCUCGAGUGAUCUUCCAGCUGCCCGGUGAGCGUGGUUACCACGUGUACUACCAGAUCCUCUCGGGGAAGAAGCCAGAGCUGCAGGACAUGCUGCUCCUGUCUAUGAACCCCUACGACUACCAUUUCUGCAGCCAGGGGGUCACCACCGUGGAUAACAUGGAUGACGGGGAGGAACUUAUUGCCACUGAUCAUGCGAUGGAUAUCCUGGGCUUCAGCGUGGAUGAGAAGUGUGCCUGCUAUAAGAUCGUGGGUGCCCUCCUGCACUUCGGCAAUAUGAAGUUCAAACAGAAGCAGAGAGAGGAACAGGCUGAGGCAGACGGCACCGAGAGUGCUGACAAGGCCGCCUACCUGAUGGGGGUCAGCAGUGGAGACCUCCUCAAAGGCCUCCUGCACCCCCGGGUUCGUGUGGGAAACGAGUAUGUGACCAAGGGCCAGAGUGUCGAACAGGUGGUAUUUGCCGUGGGGGCGCUGGCCAAGGCUACCUAUGACCGCCUGUUCCGCUGGCUGGUGUCUCGGAUCAAUCAGACCCUGGACACCAAGCUGCCCCGACAGUUCUUCAUUGGGGUCCUGGACAUCGCUGGUUUUGAGAUCUUUGAGUUCAACAGCUUCGAGCAGCUGUGCAUCAACUUCACCAAUGAGAAGCUGCAGCAGUUCUUCAACCAGCACAUGUUCGUGCUGGAGCAGGAGGAGUACAAGCGGGAGGGCAUCGACUGGGUCUUCAUCGACUUCGGCCUCGACCUGCAGCCUUGCAUCGACCUCAUCGAGAAGCCUCUGGGCAUUCUGUCCAUCCUGGAGGAGGAGUGCAUGUUCCCCAAGGCUUCGGAUGCCAGCUUCAGGGCCAAGCUCUAUGACAAUCACUCUGGGAAGUCACCUAAUUUCCAGCAGCCUCGCCCAGACAAGAAACGCAAGUACCAGGCUCACUUCGAGGUGGUCCACUACGCAGGCGUGGUACCUUAUAGCAUCGUGGGCUGGCUGGAGAAGAACAAGGACCCCCUCAACGAGACAGUGGUCCCCAUCUUCCAAAAGUCGCAGAACAGGCUCUUGGCCACCCUCUAUGAGAACUACACAGGCUCUUGCUCCACUGAGCCCCCCAAAUCUGGGGUGAAAGAGAAGCGCAAGAAGGCAGCAUCAUUUCAGACGGUGUCUCAACUUCACAAGGAGAAUCUCAACAAGCUCAUGACCAACCUGCGGGCCACACAGCCCCACUUCGUCCGGUGCAUAGUCCCCAACGAGAACAAGACUCCAGGGGUCAUGGAUUCCUUCCUGGUGCUACACCAGCUACGCUGCAACGGGGUCCUGGAAGGCAUCCGGAUCUGCCGCCAAGGGUUCCCCAACAGGCUACUGUACGCAGACUUCAGGCAACGGUACCGAAUCCUGAACCCCAGUGCCAUCCCAGACGACACCUUUGUGGACAGCAGGAAGGCCACGGAGAAGCUUCUGGGUUCCCUGGACAUCGACCACACUCAAUAUCAGUUUGGCCACACCAAGGUGUUCUUCAAGGCUGGACUCCUGGGAAUCCUCGAGGAGCUCCGGGACCAGCGCCUGGCUAAGGUGCUGACGCUGCUGCAGGCCCGGAGCCGGGGCCGCCUCAUGCGCCUAGAGUACCAGCGCAUGCUAGGAGGAAGGGACGCCCUGUUUACCAUCCAGUGGAACAUCCGGGCCUUCAAUGCUGUCAAGAACUGGUCCUGGAUGAAGCUCUUCUUCAAGAUGAAGCCACUGCUGCGCUCAGCACAGGCAGAGGAGGAGCUGGCUGCGCUGCGGGCGGAGCUGCGGGGGCUGCGAGGGGCGCUGGCUGCGGCUGAGGCCAAGCGUCAAGAACUGGAGGAGACUCAUGUCAGUGUCACCCAGGAGAAGAAUGACCUGGCCCUGCAGCUACAGGCAGAGCAGGACAACCUCGCAGAUGCUGAGGAGCGCUGCCACUUGCUGAUCAAGUCCAAGGUGCAGCUUGAGGCGAAGGUGAAGGAGCUGAACGAGCGGCUGGAAGAUGAAGAGGAAGUGAACGCGGACCUCGCCGCCCGCAGGCGCAAGCUGGAGGACGAGUGCACGGAGCUCAAGAAGGACAUUGAUGACCUGGAGCUGACACUCGCCAAGGCGGAGAAGGAAAAGCAAGCCACUGAGAACAAGGUGAAGAACCUGACGGAGGAGAUGGCUGCACUGGAUGAGUCGGUGGUCCGCCUGACCAAGGAGAAGAAGGCGUCGCAGGAGGCUCACCAGCAGGCUCUGGGCGACCUGCAGGCUGAGGAGGAUCGCGUGAGCGCGCUGGCCAAGGCCAAGAUCCGGCUGGAGCAGCAAGUAGAGGAUCUGGAGUGCUCCCUGGAGCAAGAGAAGAAGCUCCGCAUGGACACAGAGCGUGCCAAGCGCAAGCUUGAAGGAGACCUGAAGCUGACCCAGGAGACUGUGUCAGACGUCACCCAGGACAAGCAGCAGCUGGAGGAGAAGUUGAAGAAGAAGGAUUCAGAGCUGAGUCAGCUGAACCUGCGGGUGGAAGACGAGCAGCUCUUGGGGGCGCAGCUGCAGAAGAAGAUCAAGGAGCUACAGGCUCGGGCUGAGGAGUUGGAGGAGGAGCUGGAGGCUGAGCGAGCAGCCCGGGCGCGUGUGGAAAAGCAGCGAGCAGAGGCAGCCCGAGAGCUGGAGGAGCUGAGCGAGAGGCUGGAGGAGGCUGGGGGAGCGUCGGCUGGGCAGCGGGAGGGCUGCCGCAAGCGGGAGGCUGAGCUGGGCCGGCUGCGGCGGGAGCUGGAGGAGGCAGUUCUGAGACACGAGGCCACCGUGGCUGCCCUGCGCCGCAAGCAGGCAGAUGGUGCUGCGGAGCUGAGCGAGCAAGUGGACAGCCUGCAGCGCAUCCGGCAGAAGCUGGAAAAGGAAAAGAGUGAGCUGCGCAUGGAGGUGGACGAUCUGGGGGCCAGCGUGGAGACUCUGGCCCGCGGCAAGGCCAGUGCAGAGAAGCUGUGCCGGACCUACGAGGACCAGCUGAGCGAGGCCAAGAUCAAAGUGGAAGAGCUGCAGCGGCAGCUGGCCGACGCCAGCACCCAGCGGGGCCGGUUACAGACGGAGAACGGGGAGCUGGGCCGCCUGCUGGAGGAAAAGGAGUCUAUGAUCAGCCAGCUGAGCCGUGGGAAGACCUCGGCAGCUCAGAGUCUGGAGGAACUUCGGAGGCAGCUGGAGGAGGAGAGCAAGGCCAAGGGCGCACUGGCUCAUGCAGUGCAGGCUCUGCGGCACGACUGUGACCUCCUCCGGGAGCAGCACGAGGAAGAGGCCGAGGCUCAGGCUGAGCUGCAGAGGCUGCUGUCCAAAGCCAACGCCGAGGUGGCCCAGUGGAGGAGCAAGUACGAGGCAGAUGCCAUCCAAAGGACUGAGGAACUGGAGGAGGCCAAGAAGAAGCUGGCCCUGAGGCUGCAGGAGGCGGAAGAAGGUGUGGAGGCCGCCAAUGCCAAAUGCUCCUCACUGGAGAAGGCCAAGCUGCGGCUGCAGACAGAGUCGGAGGAUGCGACCUUAGAACUGGAGCGGGCCACCUCAGCCGCUGCGGCCCUGGAUAAGAAGCAGCGGCACCUGGAGCGGGCCCUGGAGGAGCGGAGGCGACAGGAGGAGGCGAUGCAGCAGGAACUCGAGGCUGCGCAGAGGGAGGCUCGGGGUCUGGGCACCGAGCUCUUCCGACUGCGGCACAGCCACGAGGAGGCGCUCGAGGCUCUGGAGACGCUCAAGCGCGAGAACAAGAAUCUGCAGGAGGAGAUCAGUGACCUCACAGACCAGGUCAGCCUCAGUGGGAAGGGCGUCCAGGAGCUGGAGAAAGCCAAGAAGGCACUGGAAGGGGAGAAGAGUGAGCUGCAGGCUGCGCUGGAGGAGGCUGAGGGGGCACUGGAGCUGGAAGAGACAAAGACUCUGCGGAUCCAGCUGGAGUUGUCCCAGGUGAAGGCAGAAGUGGACCGGAAGCUGGCAGAGAAGGACGAGGAGUGCACUAACCUGAGGCGCAACCACCAGCGAGCCGUGGAGUCCCUACAGGCCUCCCUGGAUGCAGAGACCAGGGCCCGCAAUGAAGCGCUGCGGCUCAAGAAGAAGAUGGAGGGGGACCUCAAUGACCUGGAGCUGCAGCUGGGCCAUGCCACGCGCCAGGCCAUGGAGGCACAGGCAGCCACGAGGCUCCUGCAGGCUCAACUCAAGGAGGAACAAGCGGGGCGCGACGAGGAGCAGCGGUUAGCUGCCGAGCUCCGUGAGCAGGGGCAGGCCCUCGAGCGCAGGGCAGCACUGCUGGCGGCUGAGCUGGAAGAGCUGAGGGCUGCUCUGGAACAGGGUGAGCGCAGCCGCAGGCUGGCUGAGCAGGAGCUGCUGGAAGCCACUGAGCGCCUCAACCUGCUGCAUUCACAGAACACAGGCCUCCUGAACCAGAAGAAGAAGCUGGAGGUGGACUUGGCCCAGCUGAGUGGGGAGGUGGAGGAGGCUGCACAGGAGAGGAGGGAAGCCGAGGAGAAGGCCAAGAAGGCCAUCACUGACGCAGCUAUGAUGGCCGAGGAGCUGAAAAAGGAGCAGGACACAAGUGCACACCUGGAGCGGAUGAAGAAGACACUGGAGCAGACGGUGCGGGAGCUGCAGGCACGCCUGGAGGAGGCAGAGCAGGCCGCCCUCCGGGGCGGAAAGAAGCAACUGCAGAAGCUGGAGGCCAAGGUGCGCGAGCUGGAGGCUGAGCUUGAUGCAGAGCAGAAGAAGCAUGCUGAGGCCCUCAAGGGAGUGCGCAAACAUGAGCGCAGGGUCAAGGAGCUUGCAUACCAGACCGAGGAGGACAGGAAGAACCUGGCUCGCAUGCAGGACCUGGUGGACAAGCUGCAGAGCAAGGUCAAGAGCUACAAGCGUCAGUUUGAGGAGGCGGAGCAGCAGGCCAGCACCAACCUGGCUAAGUACCGCAAGGCCCAGCACGAGCUGGAUGACGCUGAGGAGCGGGCGGACAUGGCAGAGACCCAGGCUAACAAGCUGCGGGCAAGGACCAGGGACGCCCUGGGCCCCAAGCACAAGGAGUGA